AUGCCCGACGAACGCAUCUACAUGGACAACCACGCCACGACCCGGGUCGAUCCGCGGGUGGUGGAUGCGAUGUUGCCGUACUUCACCGAACUGUACGGCAACCCGGGCAGCGUGAGUCAUAGUUUUGGGUCUGAGGCAAUGGAGGCCGUCGACCGUGCCCGGGCAUCCCUCGCCGCGGCCGUUGGGGCCUCUCCCCGCGAAAUCAUCUUCACCAGCGGGGCCACCGAAAGUAACAACCUGGCCAUUCGCGGCGUCACCGAACGCCAACGCCGUCGCGGCGACCACCUCAUCAGCGUCGUCACCGAACACAAAGCCGUGCUCGAUCCGCUGGAACGACUCGGACGCCGGGGCUUUGAAGUCUCGCUACUCGAAGUCGCCGGCGCCGGCAGCCCGCAGAUGGGUAUCCUCGACCCGCAGCAGGUGUCCGACGCCAUUCGUGACGACACCGUGCUGGUCUCCGUGAUGCUGGCCAACAACGAAGUCGGCGCCAUCCAUCCCUUGGCCGAAGUCGGUCGCAUCUGCAAGGAACAGGGCGUUCUGCUGCACUGCGACGCCACACAAGCCGUCGGCAAAAUGAACGUCAACGUCGAAGCCCUGCAGGUCGACCUGAUGAGCUUCAGCUCGCACAAGCUCUAUGGCCCCAAGGGCGUGGGCGCCCUGUACGUGCGGCGACGCCAACCCCACGUGCGGCUGCAGUCGCAGAUCGACGGCGGCGGACAAGAAGGCGGCCUUCGCAGCGGCACGCUCAACGUCCCCGGCAUCGUCGGCUUCGCCCGGGCCGUGGAACUGUGCCUCGACGAACUACCGAGCGAAAGAGCGCGCCUCGCAGCCCUGCGGCAACGGCUGUACGACGGUCUGCGGAACCGCGUUGAAAAACUCACCCUGAAUGGCCCAGUGCUCGACCCGCUGGACUUCCGCUUGCCCGGCAAUCUAAACCUCAGCUUCGCCGAUGUCGACGGGGAGGCCCUCAUGAUGAAAAUGCGGCAACUGGCCGUCAGCUCUGGCAGCGCCUGCACGUCGGCCAAUCCCGAGCCCAGCCACGUGCUGAGGGCCCUGGGGAUCGAUGAAGAUCUGGUCAGGGCCAGCCUCCGCUUCGGGCUGGGGCGAUUCAACACCGAAGAAGAUGUCGACGUGGCCAUCGAAACCGUGGCCACCGCGGUGGAGCGUCUCCGUCGGCUGGGCCAAUCGUCGCAAAAAUUGGAGCUCGCAAGUAAGAUGGCUGUCACCUUAAGCGAAAAGGCCGCCUCGGAGGUCAAGCGAAUCAUUGAAGAGCAGAAGCUCGACGACGGAACCGUGUUGCGUGUCGGCGUUGCAGGCGGCGGAUGCAGCGGCUUCCAAUACAGCUUGGGCUUCGACAAAGAAUACGACGAAAAGACCGAUGCCAAGUACGACUGGCACGGCGUAACCAUGGUUGUCGACAAGAAGAGCGCCUUGUACCUCGACGGUACCGUGGUCGACUUCUACGACGGCUUGGAGAAGCGUGGAUUCACCUUCGAGAAUCCCAACGCCACCAAGAGCUGCGGUUGCGGAAGCUCGUUCUCCGCCUAA